CAGGAGUUGAAUUUAUAUUUAGCAUUAUGAUAAUGUUUGAUGUAAGUUGGGUCAUCAUUUCUAUAUUUAUGAUUCAGCAUGCUGUAUGUAAAGAAUUUCCUAAAGGACAUUUGCAAUACUUAGGUGAGCAUCAGGCAGCAAAUGGAGACAUUACAACAAUAACAGCAGAUCAAAUAACAUCUUUGGAGUUUUACAACAAUUAUGUUGCAAAGAAUAAACCACUUCUUAUAAAGCAAGUAUUACAACGUAGCACUCCAGUGUUGAAAUGGACGGACCAAUAUUUGAAGGAGAAGUUUGGAAAACUGAGAGUGAAUGUUGAUAAUAAUAAACAAGAGAAUCGGUUGAUUCCUUCAAGUGAGAUGGAGUUUCAACAAUUCCUUUCAAUUUACUUGGAGAGUAAGACUCACUAUAUGAUCAGUACAAUGAACAUGGAGAUGCAGAAAGAAUUCCCACUGCCUACUGUUAUCAACUGCGAUGGAUUUGUUUCAAGAUUCCAAGAUUUUGUGAUGUGGUUCAGUGGAGGAAACACAAGGUCCAAACUUCAUUACGACAAUGUGGAAAACAUGUAUUGCCAGAUAAGCGGAACUAAACAUUGGUUCAUAGUUGAUCCUGCCGAUGCUGAAGGACAUAUUGUGAUCGACCAUCCUGAAGGUGCAUUCAGCGGAGUAAAUGUUACAUCAGUUGAUAUGUUAAAGUAUCCUGGUAUGCAGGGUCUACAAUGGUGGUCAGCUAACUUAACACCUGGAGAUUGCAUAUACAUGCCACUCAAUUGGUGGCAUCAGGUGACCAGUCCACCUUCACGCAACAUGGCCAUCAACAUAUGGUGGGCUCCAGUGUUGGAGGAGGUUGUCAACUUCCCGUGCCAACGUCAGCAUGUCGGUGCCACGCUGUCGGACUUUAACUUUGUUUAUGGGGAGUGGAUUCGAUAUAACAUUGGUGAAUUCAUAAAGUCUCACGGAAGUGUCGUGAACUACACAGUGAUGCACGAUAACAUCGUUCAUGAACAUACUGGUGUUCACGUGAUCACCAAAGAAAACUUUGAUUUACUCGACAUUAAUGGUGAUGGUGAUGUCACAAUCAUGGAGCUUCUAUCGUUGCCACCGGACAUCGUGCACAAGGCAACCAACUAUGCUGAAAUUGGUGCUUUAAACACAAACGGAGAAUCUGUGAAAUAUGCCGAUGAUGAACCAGAUGAUGAUGUGAAUUAUUAUCAAGAACUUUAAUGUUUGUUUAUAGAAAAUAGUUUGAAUAUUUGCUAUGAGAUUUACUGCAUAGAUGUUUGUGUGAUGUCAUAGAUGGUUGUAUGACAUCACAUGAUGGAGUACGGGCAAGUCUAGUUUGAAGCCACAAAAAUACAGAGUACGAAAGUGGACCAA